AUGAAGCUGGAGGUGUUGUGUGGAAGCCACUAUGACAUGAAGGAUUUCGAGAGGUCCAGGGAUGUAGAGGGGAGUGUGCGCUCUCCUCUUUCUGCUGAGGAGGAGCUGGGGUCGGAUGGGGACUGCGUGGCGCACAGCCCUGCACCUGUUACUCCAUGCACCAGCACCAAGUCCAAGCCGUACACACGACGACCAAAACCCCCGUUCUCGUACAUCGCUCUCAUCGCGAUGGCUAUCCGGGACUCAUCCACUGGACGUCUGACUUUGGCUGAAAUAAACGACUAUCUGAUGAACAGAUUUCCGUUCUUCAGAGGCAGCUACACCGGCUGGAGGAACUCGGUUCGGCACAACUUGUCUCUGAAUGACUGCUUUCUCAAAGUGCUCCGGGACCCGUCCAGACCUUGGGGAAAGGACAAUUACUGGAUGCUCAAUCCUCACAGCGAGUACACCUUCGCUGAUGGGGUGUUCCGGCGCAGAAGAAAGCGCAUUGAUAAAAAGUUCAGCAGGGAGCCAGAGGUGUUCGAGCACGCAGAGGAGCCGCAGAACAUUCAGCAGUCUGCACCCGCCACCAAGACUGAUACAUGUGUCAAGUUUACUAGUUCAUUUGCGAUAGAAAGCAUCCUCAGCAAGCCAUUCAAGAGAGACUCAAACAAGGAACAUUUACCACUCCACCCUGCCUUCACCUGGCCGUGCUACACUGGACUAAUGAUGCCUCAUUUAAAUACACCUGCCUCAUUUCCAUACGUCAAGUCAGCCUGCUAUAUGGACUCCAGUUAUGCGCAUGUGCCAAACGCUUAUGACUGUGGGCUGCUUUCAAACAGAGUCUUGCAAUAUCAGAAAUAAAUAAACAUUUGUAUUUGGUGAUUAAAAAUCAUCAUUGUGCACUGAUGAUGGACACAGAGGAGGACUUAAAUUGGACUUUAUUGUGGUGGAAAGGUGUUACACUGUUUUUGUACCACUUAAAGCAUUAUCAGAUUUGAU